UGGGGGUCCCCGUGGUUCCGGACUACAGCUCCCGGCAGCGCUGCCGGCGGCAUCCCAGGAAUUCGCGCCGCGGGAUGGCGGCGCCGCCGCUCCAGGCCCCGCCGCGCUGAGGGGCCGGGCCGGGCCGAGGGGAGCGGGCCGGGCCGGGCCGGGCCGGGCCGGGGGGGGACGGACGGACGGACGGACACACACACGGGCCGGGCCGGGCCGAGGGAGCCGGGCAGGGCCGGGGGGGAGGCCCCCAGCGGUGCGAGGAGGGCCCGGUGAGGGGAGCGGGGCGGGCGAUGGCGGAGCCGCUGCUGCGGAGGACCUUCUCCCGCCUGAGGGGCCGCGACCGCCCGCGCGGGAAGAAGUCGGACGGCAAGGACAGAGAGCAUCCCCCGCCGAGCCCCGACUCUCCGGUGGACCCCGAGGCAGCACCGGUGGAGGCGGUGCCGGCGGCAUCGCGUAAGCAGAACUGGGCCCGUUUCUCCUGCGGUGGCCGCGAUGAGAGGCGGCCGCUGCCCCCCAAACCCUCCUCGGAUCCGGCGGACACCAGCGAGCCGGACCCUGCCCCCAGCAACCCCCGGCCUGGCAUCGAGCAGCCCAGCGAGGAAGAUGUGGAGCCAGCGGAGGAAGCCGAGGCGGUGAAUGGCUCUGGGGAGCUGGGUGGUCCCGGUAGGAGCCCCGGGCACGGCGCCUACCUGCAGAGCUUGGAGCGGAGCAGCCGGCACUGGGUGCUGUCGUCGGCGAAGGGACCAGGGCUGGACGAGCCGGGCAGCGGAGCCGAGGCGGACGCCGGCGGUGCCAGCAGCGAGGGCGAGAUCUGGUACAACCCCAUCCCCGAAGACGAGGACCCCCGGCCUGGCAGCUCCUGGAAGCCGUGGAGCGGAGGAAGCCGUGACGCCGAGAGGGGCCGUGGUGGGGAGUCACCCCCGAAGACGGGUAGGGAAGACCCCUCCCGGGGCGGUCUGGGGACGGCGGAGAGCUCCGGCCCCCGCAGUGGCGUGGCCCCAGCAGUGCCCGCGGCUGGCCGAGGAGAGGAGCCGGGAGCCAGCAGGACCCAGGCUUGCGGGAAGAUGCCGAUCCCCUGUGUGAGCUCGGGGACGGGGCCGACCACCCCCUCUCCCCCCGCCAGCCCCAAGAAGGGCCGUUCGCUCAACAAGGUGAAGUCUCCAGGUACCGUUCGUCGCCUCUCCAUGAAGAUGAAGAAGCUGCCGGAGCUACGGAGGAAGCUGAGCCUACGCAGCCCCCGGCCCCGGGGCCAAGAGGGCGGCACCUCGCCCCCCGAAACCCGCAAGGAAUCCAGCAACGUCAUCAGCCGCUACCACCUAGACAGCAGCGUGGCUUCACGGCCGGGGCUGCCGCGAGCCAAAGCAGCCGGCAAAGGCGGCUACUUGAGCGACGGCGACUCCCCGGAGCUGCCGGCUAAAGCCGGAGCGCGUGCCGAACCGGAGGAUGGGGGAAACGGGCUGGAUGUGGGCGCUUUCCGCCCCUACAGCUGCGGGGAGACGCCGCCGCGGUGCGGGCAGCACAUCUCCGGGCUGGUGAGCGUUCACCUCCAUGGCGUGCGGGACCUGAAGCCGCCGCGGGCCGAAGCCCGGGAGGUUUUCUGCGUGUUGCAGGUGGACGCGGCCAACCGGGCUCGCACGGCUUUGCUGCCCUGCAAGACGGCGUUCCUCGGCCUCAACCACACCUUCAACCUGGAGCUAGAGGGUGCCCGGCACCUUAAGGUGAUCGUUUUCUCGUGGGAUCCCACCUCUUGCCGCAACCGCCUCUGCUGCCACGGCACCGUGGUCCUGCCCCACAUCUUCAGAGGUUGCCGGGCCCAGCAGCUGGCGGUGCGGCUGCAACCUCGCGGCAUCCUCUACUCCAAAUUCACCUUGGUGGAGCAAUGGGACGGUCCCAGUGAGCGGGAACCCCGCGUCUUCGGCGUGGAGCUGGGCCAGCUGGUGGAGAGGGAGAAGGCGGCCACCAAAGUGCCCCUGCUCAUCCAGAAAUGCGUGACCGAGAUAGAGAAACGAGGGCUGAAGGUGGUGGGGUUGUACCGGCUCUGCGGCUCGGCCGCCGUCAAGAAGGAGCUUCGCGAUGCCUUUGAGAGGGACAGCGCGGCCGUGACGCUCUCGGAGCAGCUCUACCCCGACAUCAACGUCAUCACGGGGAUCCUCAAGGAUUACCUGCGGGAGCUGCCCACGCCGCUCAUCACUCCCACGCUCUACCACGUCGUACUGGAGGCCAUGGCCAAGCGACCCCCCCGGACCCCCCCGGGAGAGCGGGACGCCGUCACCCUGCUCGACUGCCUGCCCGAUGUCGAGAAGGCCACGCUGACGCGGCUCCUGGACCACCUCAGCCUGGUGGCCUCUUUCCACGAGUUCAACCGCAUGAACUCGCAGAACAUCGCCGUCUGCUUCGGACCCGUCCUGCUCACGCAGAACCAGGAACCCUGGCGUGGCACCGGCACCCGCGGCUACGCCCACUGCGAGGACAUCGCCAGCGCCGUUGACUUCAAGAGGCACAUCGAGGUGCUGCAUUACCUGCUCCAGGCCUGGCCGGCCCCCCGCUCAUCCCUGGCCCCCCAACUUCGGGAGGGGGCGCAGCCCAGUUGCCCGCAGCACCAACGGGGGCCUCCGCUGCGACUGGACCUGCUGGAGAGCGCGGUGGUGGCCCGUCACCGCCCCCGAGGACCGGAGAGCCCCCCCAGCAACCGCUACGCCGGCGACUGGAGCGUCUGCGACCACCGAUUCCUGCUGGUACCCGGCGCUGCCGGCGACGCCGAGGCGGCAGCCGGCGACGGUGAAACCGGGGUGUCGGCGCGCCGGUCCCCGCGCCGGCGGACCCUCUUCGUGACCGAUUUCGACCUGGGCGAGGAGGCCGAGGCGCCCUUCGGCCCUCGCCUAAACCUCAAGGACUUCGACGCGCUCAUCCUCGACCUCGAGCGGGAACUCGCCAAGCAGAUCAACGUCUGCCUGUGAGACCGGCUGCCGCCGCCGGUAGCGCCGCCGGUGCCGCCGCCGGUGCGAGAGCGACCAAAAAAGCAAGCAGCACUUGCCUCUAGAUGCCUUCGAUUUGCACAGCGCCGAGCAGGAGCGGCCCCCCGACGAGCAGGAGCGGCCCCCGACGGCGCGGGUCACGCCGCCUUCGGUGAGGGGAGGGGGUGGGGGACACCCCCAAAACAGCCCUGCCUCUGGUUUCUGCCCCCCCUCCCCACCCCAAGUGGUUUUUUUUUGGGGGGGGGGGGGGGCAGAGGAGCGAUGCGGGGCUCAGCGCCUCUUGCUCGGCUAUUUUUUUUUAUUUUAUACGGCCAAAUUUUGCCCUCAAGUGCCUCUUCGCCCCCAAGUGCCUCUUUGCCCCCUUCUCCUUCCCCCUCACCCCCCCCAAAAAAACCCCAAACAAACCCAGUAUUAGGAAAUAUUGACAAGGGUCCAUGACCUCCAUCGCUCAGGCUGGUGGGGGGCUGCCCCCCCCCCACUCCCCCAAACCCCCUUUCCCUUCCAUGUGCGCACCCCAAAGAGAGCGACGGGGUUCCCUCCUGCCACCCACGCCCAGCCUGGGUGGCAGUGGGGACCCCCCCCCCAUUUUCUAGUCCCCCCCACCCCGAUGCCAAGGAGGGGGUGGGGGUGCUGCCGGUACGGGAGCGCUGAGCUUUAUUUAUUACUCGAGCUUUGUGUGCGUGUGUGUGCAACAAAGAACCCCCCCCCUUUUUAUCCCCCCAAAACAAACCCACUGCCAGUGUUAUGGGGGGGGGGGGCUCCCCAAAAUACCACCCCCCCCCCCCAAACAGCCUUGCUCAGUAUUAGCCUUAAAGGAACCAGCUGAAUGUGAAACCACCGGCCCGGCCGGGCUGAGCCACCAGUGUUAAAGCACCCGGGCAGGGGGUGCAGGUGGGCUGGGGGGGUGACAAAACUGCCCCCCCACCCCCCACGGGGUGGCCUGACCCCCCCCCGCCCUGCCACCGCCU